CACCUUUUUUGAAAUUAGAAAAUAUUAUCUUAUCCUCAACCGCAUCAUCUUUACUACCAUUUCCUAAAGUGCUUGAAACGUUACAAGUGUUUAAAAACAGAACACUCAAAUCUGUAAAAGCCACUGGGUUUUCACCGAAUGUGGGAUAUAUCACAUCUGCUGGGAAUGAUUUUAACGUAGAACUUAUCUCUGAUAUUUGCAUCUGGUCAUUGGACUUACGUUAUAAUGCCAUAUCUAUGUGCGAUGUUUCAAAGUUUUUAACUUUUCCCAUACCAACAUUGACCAAGUGUCUUAGGCAUCUUGACGUUUCAAACAAUAUGAUUUUGGGAAAGGUAACCAAUCUGAUAGAUUUUUACCUUUUAUUCCCCCGGUUUGAAAAUCUGGAAUAUCUUGAUCUUUCUAAACAAUUAAAAUUUAGUCUUGAUGGUAACACAGAAUUUGACAAACCCCAUCCACCUUCUCGCCCCGGAUCUAUUCCGGUGUAUUUACCACCUAAACUGAAAUAUCUUUAUUUAAAUGGUUUAGCUGCACGCCUUGGCACAACUCCAAACGUUCAUUUCAUCGGAGGAUCAAAUUUGGUUCAUCUUAAUUUUUCCUAUAGUAUGUUAACUCUCUAUAAUGAGGCUAUUAUUUCAGGUUUAGAAAAUUUACAUGUACUUGAUUUAAGCCAAGAUAACUGUCGGUAUAUAAAUCAAUCCUUUUUUGAUACUUUUCCUAAUUUAACUACGUUAAGAUUAAGUCGUGUAAAUUUUGAUACAGAUCAGAUUUUUAAUAUUGGUAAAAGAUUGUUUCAACCCUUGAAAAAGUUGCAAAAUCUAGAUCUGACAAAUAAUUUAUUAACUGGCUUGCCCCACGAUAUAUUUGAUGAUUUGAUAGAGCUGCAGGUUGUAUCGCUGUCUUAUAAUAAUUUAAUUAGUGUCCCAGAUCUAACGCAUCUUGUCAACUUGGAGUCUAUAUUCCUUAGUUUCAACGCUUUAGUAACUGUUGAUGGACAAACCCGAAACACAUUAGAUGCACUUUCUAAAGGUAAUAGGGUUCAUGUAUCUUUUUACGGAAACACCUUUGCAUGUAUUUGUGAAAAUUCUGACAUGUUAGAUUGGUUCAUUCAGACCAGAGUGGAUCUAGAUGGUAGAAAUUAUUCUUGUGUAGAUUGGAAAGGGGAGAGAAUCUACACUAACCACGUGUACAGGCACUACCGAGACUUUCAACAACAUUGUAUUUCUGGAACUUGGUUUACUAUAUCUAUUACUGGAUCAAGUGUUAUAUUACUUGCUCUACUGACUUGUUUUAUUUUCGUUAAGAAUAAACUGAAAGUAAAAUUAUUUUUAUUAAGAAUGAUUGGACGAUAUAUUCAACCCAAGACGAGAGAAGAGUUUGCUUAUGAUGUAUGUGUUCUUUAUGCUGAUGAUGUUUACCAGUGGGUGUGUCAUAAUAUGUACCAGGAACUUGAAGUGCGACGUGGAUUAAAACUAUAUCUUCGUCAUAAAGAUGAACCUAUUGGCGGAGAUAAGCCCCAGGAGCUGUAUAACUCCAUGGAUUCCAGUUGGAAAGUGGUUUUAAUUUUAACUCCUGGAUUGCUUGCUGACGUUUUUUCAGCCUAUACGAUGUCUGUAUGCUUGUCGUUUAUAACUUUAACCACACCCAACAGAUUGAUGUUGAUAAUAGAUAAGGGUAUGGAUAUACCUACUAAUAUAGAUUACUUUCUUGAAGCAGUUAAUGAGGAGAAUGUUUACAGGUAUGAAAUAAACCAUCUUUAUGACGAUGAUCCUCAGUUGUGGAAUAACAUUUACAAUGGUAUAACAGCAAGGAAUUUGUAGGAUAAAUGGAAGAGUGAGUAGUGGUAGAUUACACUGUAAAUGAGUUUUGUGUAUUUUUACCGUAAAUUGACUGGCAACUUUCUGCCAGUCAUUUUACGGUAAAAAUACAAUUUGACGUGUAUAUUUACUUGGAAUAUACUUUGAAACGGUGACAUUUUUAAAGGGAAUGUGUUUGUCCCCACUCGGCUAAGUAGUCGUAGGUUCGAUCCCUGGCGAACACACAAAGUUUUUCGGACGUUUCAGCUGAGCAGGCAAAACAUCAUUCGAUAGUGGAAAGAAAUUAAAUAAAAUGUGGUUUAACGUCCUACUGUUCUGCUUCUUACAGUGGAAAGAGUAGGAGGCAUGACACGAAGCAAAAUGUCCCACACAACCCUAUGUAUGGCAUAUCCCUGUUUUUAUACGCCAGUUAGGUGCAUUCAGAUUUUGAAUAACCUAUUUCUCUAAAAUAGACUAAUCUUAUUGACACAACAGUAAAUAUUUUGCACAAAAUUCGAUAAGUGAUCGAAGGGGAAUAACCGAUUUGAACACUAUUUGACAGUAAAUUUACAAUUUGUUGUAAAAAUACUAUUUUAAACGGCAUUUCUGUUAAUAUACAGCUCACAUAAUGUAAACUGACAUAUGGUUGUAUUUCUACAUUACGUUUGAGGUAAUCUUACAUGUGGCCAAAGCGGGAAUAACCGAUGUGGCCACUAUUGGACAAUUAAUUUACAAUUUGCUGUAAAAAUAAUAAUUCAAAUGGCAUUUCUGUUAAUAUACAGCUCACAUAAAGUAAACUGAAAUAUGGUUGUAUUUCUACAUUAAGUUUGAUGUAAUCUUACAUAAGCGUUGUAUUCAUAUGCAUUUACAUCGUUUUAAAUGUGAGCUAACACAUAUGUGAUAUUUUAAGUAUACUUAUAACUGUAAAUAUACAUAUAAUUUUAACAGUUUAAAGCGGGAAUAACCGAUGUGGCCACUAUUUGACAAUUACUUUACAAUUUGCUGUAAAAAUAAUAAUUCAAAUGGCAUUUCUGUUAAUAUAUAGCUCACAUAAAGUAAACUGACAUAUGGUUGUAUUUCUACAUUAAGUUUUAUGUAAUCUUACAUAAGCGUUGUAAUCAUAUGCAUUUACAUCGUUUUAAAUGUGAGCUAACACAUAUGUGAUAUUUUAAGUAUACUUAUAACUGUAAAUAUACAUAUAAUUUUAACAGUUUAAUAUGGAUCUUGUACGGCCCUCCGUCCUGCAUCACUGACAAGGGGGAACCACGCCGGAAAAUCUGGAUGAAUUUUCUCGGCCAAUGCAGAGAUCGAACACCCGACCUCCAGGGUAGCGAGCCAUCGUCUUACCUACUUAGCCACUGUGACCCCUUCGUAAGUGGACUAUACACGAAACGUAAUGUUAAAGUUCUAAAGAGAUGUACAAUUACACGUUUCCUGUAAAUUGUACACAAAUCCCGUAUUUAGACAUGUUUGAACAGUAGAAUUACCCAUAAAAACUGUUCGUUAAAAGACAUAGGUGUAUCAACACAGGUUACAUGUAACAAAAAUACAGUUCUAACUUGUAAAACUACACUUUUAUUGUUAAUAUCCAAUUUUUUUUACCCGUAAACCCAUGUUACCUCACCAAUACAGUAAAUUUAUAGCAUAAAAACAUGCAGUGGUAUUUUUACAGCGUUAUGUUAAAGAAAUUACAUAUUUUUCACUGUAAUUUUACAUUUAUUUUUAACAGUGUAGUGUUAGAUUUAUUCGUAUUAAUUCGCCAGCCUUUUCAUACAAAGGUUACUCGAUCUAUUUUUUUGUCGUGUAGAGUCUUUAAAGCAUAUUGGGGUUUCUGUUUACUGUGUAUAAUGAAUUUAUAUAAGAUACUACAUUGUCUGUAUUUGAUAAAUAUAGCACUAUUUUUUUAUGAUAGGGUAUUUUUAAAAAAAAUACUAUCAUGUCUUUUAUAAAUAUAGAGAUGUUUGUUAUACAAUUAUGCAGUUGAAUGUUAAGAAAUUUACCAUAGAAACUUAUAUUUUGAGAGAUAAUGAUUUUUUUACUGUAAAAUGAUAUUACGGAAGGGUAUAAUUUCCUGGGAUAUUGACAUCCUGUGUAAAUUUUCUCGAAAUGAAAUGAAAUGAAAUGGAGUUUAACGUCCUACUGUUCUGCUCCUAACCUGGGCUAAUGAAGACGGGCAUACGCCAUACAGUGUGCUAUGAGGGAAAUUUUGCCCGGACAGCGGCACUACGGCCUUCUCUUAUAUCGAAUUCCAACUGCCAAGGGAUCUUUUACGUGCACGCCAAUGUCUACACGGGACAUCGGUUUUUCGUCCCAUCCGAACGACUAGACAGCUUUCCUUGUCAGCCCCUCCGUCCUGCAUUCGAGUUAAUUUUCUCGAGAUAUUGACAUCCUAUGUAAAUUUUCUCUAUAUAUUGACAUCCUUUGUAAAUUUUCUCGAGAUCACGAGUUAAUAUGAAACCUUAUAUGACAGUGUCUCCACGUUGUGAAGCAACCAUUGUCCCAAUACUUCGCACCAAAUUUGAUAAAAAAAAAAAUACUCUAACAUUUGUUACAAAGGAAAACUGCUUAUUAAUGAAAGAAUAAACGGACAAUCGAUAUGGUACCCAUGAUUUACACUAAAUUUGAAAUAUGGUUAAAAUCGAUUGGGUUCUUCGUCUCAUGGCCCCAAUACUUCACACCAAAUAUGAAAUUCAAAACCCUACCACGUUAGCUUUAAUGUGUUAAGCUUCGAAUUACAGACUUGCUUGUUAAAUUAUUUCAAUUUAAAUGAGAAGAGGACGUUUAAUUGAAAAUUUUGCAUGGUUUUCGGACCAUAUUUUGUUUUAGAAUAAAGCUAGACAGAGCGUUUAUUGUCUUGUGGCACAAAUGCUUCGGAGCAGAUUUGUAAAUAAAAAAUCUUGAAAAACUUUGGGCUCUAACGCGUUCACAAGGAUUACCGGAAAAUAGGAAUAACGCCAUAACAAAACUUCAGGGAGCGCUGCAAAUCAAUAAGGUUCAUUGUUCCGCCGAAAAUAAAUAGGGUUCCUCUGCUUGUGACACUGAUGAUUCAAAAGAAAUUUUAACGAUAGUCACGCAAAGUGUGGAGAUACGCCCACGCAGCAUCUAUGCAUCAACAGCAGAUUAUUCGAAAUGAAAACUUGGUUGAUUAAUAAAUUGUAUAAGGGUCUAGCAUUCAUCAAGAAAUCUAAUCUCUAUCGUGUUCGCGUGCUUGUUAUCUCUCUGGGACAGAAAUCUUAUAUUGCUGAAAAUUAACAGGGGUUAUCCUUGUCGCGGAACACUGAAUAUCGAAAAUCUGUUAAAGCACAAAAUUUGAAACAAAACGGUUAAAAACUGUAGGCUCUAUCGUGCUAUUAAGGUUUUCGGGAAAGUGUGUGUGUGUGUGGGGGGGGGGGGGGGGUAAACUCCGAAACAACAGGUUGUUGGGCGCUGAGAAUACGUUAAAACUACGCGCACACAUAAAAAUACCCGAGAUCUCGCGAAAAUUUACACAGGAUGGCAAGAUCCCGAGAACAUUAACUCGAAUUCUCGAGAUCGUUAACGCAGGAUGGGAGAUUCUCGAGAAAUUUAUUAGGGUAUUUCGAGAACAUUAAAUUGAGAUCUCGAGAAAGUAUCACAGGAUCGCAGGAUGACACUAUUUACUAUAGGAAUAUAUUUGGUAAUUACAAAAAUAUUUAAUAUAUGCUAAUUUUUAUUUUAUUUUUUUAAAUACAAUGCUGUUUAUUAUAUGAUACUGCAUUUUAUUAAUAUAACCAUACUUUAUAUGAAGUAGUGUAUUCUAUAACCAUAGCACUAUUUACCACAAGAGGCUAUAUAAGGGGUAUUUACAGUAUUAUAACGUAUAACACGGAACACUAUUUUACUAAAACAUAUUGUAUUUUAUAUUUCAACAUUGCAAUUUGUUUAACAAGAGUACGUACAUUGAAUUAAAUUUCUUUGACCAAUU